AUGGUCGUGGCUGUGGUCGGCAGGCCAAACGUCGGCAAGUCGACCUUGUUCAACAGACUCAUCGGCAGAUCGCUGGCUCUGGUCGACUCGCUCCCGGGCGUCACCCGCGAUCGCCGCGAGGGCGCCGCAUCGCUCGGCGGCAUGGACUUUACCGUUGUUGAUACCGCUGGUCUAGACGAGCCGGUGAAAAAGGCGGCAGUGCGCGGGGUUCGUGGCGCGGCGGCGGAGGCUCUGGCGAUGGAGCAGGUCAUGGCCGACAAAGGCGUGCUCUCGGCCAUGCUGGAGCAGACCACCGCCGCCGUCCGCGCCGCAUCGGUUGUUGCCUUUGUAGUUGAUGUUCGCCACGGCAUUUCGCCAUGGGACGAGUACUACGCCCGCUGGCUCCGCAAGACCCUCGCUGACGUCCCCUCACCGCCGCAUCUCCUCCUCAUCGCCAACAAGUGCGAGGGCUCGGUCGCCGACGAGCUGAUGUUCUCGGACGAGCUCGACAACGGCUGGUCCACCGCCGCCGCCCGCCGCCUCGGCUUUGGCGAGCCCAUCUACCUCUCGGCCGAGCACGGUGACGGCCUCGCGGCGCUGUACAACGCGUUGGCGCCCAUCCACGAGCAGCUCGCUCCGCCGCCGCCAGAGCCGCCGGCACCGGCAGCAGCAGAAAGCGACGCGCCGCCGGCAGACCUAGCCGACGCCGAGCAUCACACCCAGCCGAUCUCGGUCAAGGAGAUGCGCCGCCGCGAGCGCCAUGAGCGCUCGGGCCUGCGAGUGGCGGUUGUCGGCAGGCCAAAUGUCGGCAAGUCGACGCUCGCCAACAACCUGCUCGGCACCGACCGGUUUGUGGUCGGCGACAUGCCCGGCGUGACGCAGGACGCCAACUCGGUCCACACCGUGUGGCGAGUUCCCGAGUCUCACGCGCAUCUCGAGGCCCUGGGCACGCCGCCGGUCUCAGAGGUCUCGGUCACCCUCGUCGACACUGCCGGGAUGAUGCGGCCGUCGGCGAGUGCAAAAUCGACGACGCCCAAGCGGCUGGCUUCGCUCGCCUACCGCGAUGCGCUCUCGGCCAUCCGCCGCGCAAACGUCGUCGUCCUCGUCGCCGACAUCAAGCCGUCGGUCCGUGGCGACGGCUUCCACAACCCGCACGACCCGAGUCGCGCCUCGCGGAAGCGCUCGCGCAAGGCUGGGGCUGUAGCCCGCAGCAGCGAUGAUGUCGAGAGCGACGACGACCUGGCGUAUAAGUUCGAGUUUGACACCGAGCAAACGGUCUUCUCGCCGAUGGACGCGUCCAUCGCCAAGCGGGUGGCCGACGAGGGGCGCGGCCUCGUGGUUGCCGUCAACAAGUGGGACUUGCUCGGCGCCCACGGCCUGCCGCGCUCAGUCGACAACCCGCACUCGCAGCUCCCGGCCAUUGUCAAGCACCUCGAGUCGAAGCUCGCCUUUGUGGCGCCGUACCAGCUUCGCGACGCGCCCUGGGUUGGGAUCUCGGCGGCGGCGUCGAUGGCGUCGGCCCCAGCACCGGGCGAGCUUGCUCCGGUCGCUACCUCGUUUGAUGACCUCUCGUCCAUGGCCGCGCUCUCGCCGCAGACGCUCCUCGUCCCGGAAAUCCUCUCGGUCUACGACGGGUGGAACAUGCGGCUUCCGACCGGCGCGCUCAACGAGUGGCUCGCUGGCAUUGUCGGCCACCGCUCGGCACCGGGCAAGGUCCGUUACAUCACCCAGGUCGACUCACGGCCGCCCAAGUUUGUGCUCUUCGCCGCAAAGCGCGGAUCGUCAACCCACUGGGCCGGGUGGAUCAAGUUCCUCACCAACGAGAUGCGAGCUCAGUUUGGCCUUUACGGUGUCCCGAUCCGCAUCGCGGUCCGCAACGGGUGA